AUGGCUAACGCUCUUCACACCUCAAUGGCUCUCUACAUCCAUGGUAUCACCGUCGAUUUCAGCAAGUCGAAAACGAACAUAGAAUCUGCUGAAGUACGGAUUGGCGAAUCACAUUCGCCAAUUGAACACAAAGCAGGAAAGAGUUUGCGACACACGUAUUCUCCACCCAUGGUGUUUGCUCAUGGGGAAUCUUUUUCCUUACAUAUGCGGCACAAGAAACAUUUGUUGAGAACCAAGCAUCAUGAAGACAUCACUUUCGAUCCAGACGACAUGUUCCGUGCGUAUAAUGCAAGUCAACAAGAAUACAACAAGGUUCAUAACAACAUCACGAUCGUCAUCAAAUUUUCCAGUAAUGAUACAACAACCGAAGAUGAGCAGUCUCUCUCCCCCGAUCAAAGCCUUGAGCCUACCACUUCCAAAAUAUUCAAGAAAUAUCCUCGGUUCCGAAUUCUAGUGAUAGGAAAGUCUGGCGUCGGCAAAUCAUCGCUGAUCAGCCAUGCAUUCGGAGUGGAAAAAGAGAUCAUUGCAGACGAUAAGCCAGGCGAGGCCAACAUCGACAGGGAGCUCAUCUCAACUCGGAACGAAAGGUUUGUUCUUCACGAUAGCAAAGGUUUUGAACCAGGAGACGAAUACAACCUCGAAAUAGUCCGAGAUUUCAUUGACCGUCGGAGGAAAAUGUCGCCGGAACAUCAGUUGCAUGCCGUUUGGCUUUGCUUUGAGAUACCUCGUGCAGGCGGACGUUUGCUAGAGACUGGAACGGAGAAAUUCCUGAAAUCGAAAAAUAGUGAAACGCUGCGAAAUGUUCCCGUUAUCGUCGUUCUUACUAAGUACGAUAUGCUCAUCGAACGCAUGGAGCGAACUCUAGGUGGAAGCUCUUUGAGCGACGAAGCGCACAAGGAACUCGCUAAGAAGAACGCAGAAGUCGAGCUGCAGGAUACCUGCAUUGGACCUCUAGAACGAUUUGCAGGGCCUGAUAUUCCCCACGCUAUGAUCUCUACCGAAGAAGACUAUGAAGAGACGCUCACUCACCUGAUCCAAGUAACUGAAAAGUGUGUCGGUCAGCACUCUGCGUCCGAGGCCUCGGCGACGACCUCCACCGCUCAGCACUCUGCGUCUGAGGCCGCGGUGAUGACCUCUAUCGCUCAGCGAGUGCAUCCUGGACUCAAAAUAAAGGCAUCAAUCGAAGUUGGCAGGAAAAGAUACUGGAAAGCGCUUGCGUCGUGCCCAACGUUCAAGAACCGCAAGAUGUGGGAUUGUCUACAUGUGCUUCACACUGACAUCGUCAAUGUGUGGAACUUCCAUGACCCUCAUCAUUACUUGCACAGUCAAGAGUUCAGGACGAUGAUGAUGAACAUGGUCGAUAAGAUAGAAGUUGGACCGACAGCUAAUCCCAACAAAAACAUGGCUUUUGGGUUAUCCAUGGUGGGCGUUAUUGCGGGCAUCGUGUCGGCCCUGGCGGGACCUGCGGCUCCUAUCGUAGUACCAAUCGCAGCAGGUGCUGUACUCGCUGUAUGGGCUUAUGAUGUAUACAAGUUAUCCCACCCGGUGCUUCAGCGCUUCAUGGCCUACAUUAUUCACUUGACGCUUGUGUUGCAGACACUUUUUAUCGUGUCAGAAAGCCAGGAACUCACUCGUAGAGCCAUCAAGCUCGCGGUUACGUCCUAUCUCGCCUCCCCAACAAGUGAAGAAGUUCCUACUUGGAUUCAAGAUUAUGAUAAGCAAUUGACCGUCCUGGAACGCGCGGAUCGCGACAUCUUGAAUAAGAUCACUGAAGUGAUGCAAAUGUACGAGAUCAAUACGGCACAAAUAUCUGAACUUCGGGCAAAAGUUCCUGCUGUGGAUUUGUUGUUGGACGAACCAUGGUAAAUCGAGAAGUCGUAGCACUUGGUUGUUUCUUUUCUGGAUGGUUUUGCGCGUGGGCGGUGUCUGAGUACUGACGCGAUUGCAGACAUUGCUCGCUUGUGCUAUGUAACUGGAUUUAUGACCGAUCACCACACUGUAGCCUAUGAUACACUGUACAUUCUAUUAAUGUACUUACUGCUGGAUUUGGCUAAUAUAUUUGAAAUGUAACAGUCACCUGACCUUUAGACUUUU